AUGGAUUUAGAAAUGAAAUCAGUGAAUAAGUAGGGCUUUAAAUGCUUUUAGAUGCCUGAUGGAUCAGUAUAUUAUGGCGAAAUUGCUUUCCUAAACAAAGAAGAUGACAUGAUUUACUUCAAUUUUGAUGAUUGUGUUGAGGAAGUCAGACCUAGAUUGAGAUAAAUCAGACAUGGCUAUGGUAUUCAGCUAUUUGGAAGAAGUGAAUAAAACAUACUAUGUCUGUAUGUAGGAUAGUUCGAUAGAGAUAUGAAAAGUAACAAGGGUAAAGCAAUAUAUCCUGAUGGCUCGACUUAUGAAGGCCAGUUUAAGAGUGAUAAAUUUGACGGUUACGGAGUGUUUACAUUUGCUAGUCUUCCCAAUGGUUCAAAAUUUAAGUAUGAUGGUUACUGGAAAAACGGAAAGAUGUAAGGUUAAGGAUAUAUAAAUGAUCUUAUCUCAAACGCUAUAUUAUACAAUGGCCAAUUCAACAACAAUUUAUUCAACCAUGAGAAUUUGAUUCACAUCAGUCCGUUAGUAAAUGAAACUUAAAAUUAGAAUUUCAUAAGAAGCUUUAAGGCACAUUAAUCCAGAGUGAAUAAGCAGGAGGCUAAAUACGAUAUUAAUGCUGUAAAGUCUAUGAUAUCUCAAAUGACUUAUAUCUAUGAAAGCCAAGAUAUAUCUCUAAGAAGUUUUGAGCUAGAAAUAAGGCAAGGAGGUGAUGCUAAAAUUUCAGCAUACUAAACUGAGAGGGCCAAAGUUGAAUUUUUACUUAGAACUCAGGGCAGACUCUAUCUUUUAUUUGAUGAAUUCUAUAACUAAUACGAUGCAAAGAAUUGGAAAGAACUCUAUGACCCAGACAUAGAUCAUCUUAUCUGUAACAACUGUAUUACACCAGCAAUUUGGUAGCCAUAAAACUUUGCAUCUUUUGAUGUUAUGGUAUAAUGCAGAAUAAUUGAUCCAUCCUUAUCUGAUGAUGAAAAAUAAGAGAAAUUCAGCUAACUCAACUUCAAUCCUUUUGCUUUUAAUGUAUGGUCUAAGGAGAGGUUCAGCGAAAGCUUAGAGGAAAGUGAGCUCUUAAAAAUGUUCAAAAAGAGAUUCGAUAAAAACCUUCCUCUUAAAUACAUUAAUCUUAUUUUCCUUGAGACCUUCUAAUAGCCUGCAGAAUGA